AUGUCUGCGCCACCGCGCGCCUUCCUCGACCUCGACCCAGAAUGGGUGGUCAACCGCGUCUGGGGAACAUACGACGACACGCGUGUGCCACAGAUCUUUCAAAACGACCCGCGGCUGAGGAUCUUUUCCCGCGCACUGCAAGUACUCUCCCUUGCGCUGGUGCGGUCAGGCAAGGUCAAGUGGAGGGACGUCGAGCCGAUCAAUGUGUGGAAGCGUUCCCUGCUCGACCACCAGGUCGUGGAGAUGCACCAUCGCGUCCAGCUUGUAAUCCAGGAGCGCGCGAGCUUCCUCCAGCGGCGCGCAUGCCUCGUACAAGGCGUCAGCGGACUGCACGCAAAGAGCACCCGCCUCGAGAUCCGCCUCUGGAACGCCCAGGCCGACUUUCUCGCCGAGCUUUCCUCCCUCGAGAACCGUCACGUCAACAACUUUCUCAACUCGUGCGCCUCGGCGAUGGACAAUGUCUUGUUGACGUUCCCGCUUGAGCGGCCAGCCUUCUGCGACCUGCUCAUUAACCCCGGCCAGCGUGGCGUGCUGGAAGAGCAGUUCUGGCAGCGGCCAAAAGUGGUCAUUGAGCUGUCGGUGCCGGUCCGGUUUAUCACAUUUGCGGACGGUUCCGACUUUUACUUGCCCAACGAGGUCUCUGACGAGGACGGAUCGAGUGGGAGCGUGAGCGGGGAUACACCGCGGCCGACGUCGAGCGCAUCGUCACGUAAACCGGACUGCAAGCCGUAUGGAACCCCAGACAGCGAUGGAGCCUCGUGGGACGACAAAGCGCCUUCAGAUCAUGAAGCCUCCUCGAACGACGAAGCCUCCUGGGACCACGAAGCCUCCUCAAAUGGCGAAGCCUCCUCCGACGACGCCGACGAACCCCCCAUGGACGUCGAAGCCUCCUCGGACAGCACGUCUCAAUGA